UGGCAUUCUUCGUGAAGCGUAUUCCUUUCUCGUCGGUGUCUCCUUGUCUCUGGUUUCUUGCAAGGCUGAAAAGUGGAAAAACUGCAACAUUUUGGAGUCGCCUUUUCUUGUACAUUAUGUGUGUCACCCACCCCCCUCUCCAAAGCGUGUACACAUGUGAGUCGUCCCUCCUGCGACAAAGGACCCAGCAUUUGUAGCAUUGAGGCGAGAAAUGCUCGCUCGUGUUUUUUCACAUUGAGUUUUCGAGUUCGGUUCUUCGUCACGGAUUGUUUGUCGCUAACGCCUGGCCUGUGUAUGGGGUUCUCCUUGUGUUUUCCACGUCCCUCUGCAGCCUUCACGCGAUGCCAGCCCGCCUGCAGGGGGCUGCUCCACACAUGCUGCCAGUGGCUGGAGCACCAGCGAAAAGCUCGAGUCCUGGACCAGACCAAAACGCAGCGUCUUCUCUCGUAGCACAUACUAGCGACGAAAAUACGAAUAAGCGUAACUUGCUGGCAUUUCGUGCCAUAGGAGAAAAUGGUUCGUGCAUGCAUAAGUCGACGUCGCCGGCGCGAAAGUGCCCCCCUCUAGUGACCUCUUGUCCCCCCGCUUCUGCCUUGGCUACUGUUGCUGACUCUUCGCCCACUCCUGGCUGUCGAAACGCACUUCCUUCAAAUGUAUGCCCUGUAGUGGAUUCUGCGGGAGGAUGCAGCUCUCCAGAAGCGGCUGCGAGCUGCUUGUCCUCGGGCGGGAUAAAAACGUCGGACCCAAUUACGGCCUCCGAGCUCCCUUCUUCAGUCGGUUUACAUACCCUCCCGGCAGGAGGAAUGUUUGUCCAUUCCCCUGCUCACGCAAGAGUCGAAUAUGCAUCCAACGCGGAUAUUCGUGAAAUUUCUCCAGCCGCUGUAACUGACCUCGCCACGGCGGCCGACGGUGGUGGUUCGGGGGAAAGCCUCGAAGCGGCGGUUCCUGCUUUCCCUCAUGCUUUUGAAGUUGCAAUGAAUGACUUACAGGAUUGCGUCAGGCUCGAGGACGCGGGCAACACCCAAGAACACGAAGAAAGCGCGAACCAUACGUUCCCUUCUGGGGUGGGAUCAGAAGACAUCCAACCUUCCUCAGCAACGGCAGGCGGCAACAGAGGCACCAACGGACCACGGCGGGUAGCUGGAAGAGGGCGGGGGGGGACGAGGAGCUCUGGUGCAGGAACUGGAGGGACAACAGGCACAAAAGCGGGGGUACCGAAGCCAGAACAGGACCGCAUUCGCCAGCUCUAUGAUCCUCUUUGGAGAGAAUCCGAACAGGAACUUCAGCAGGUUCUCGUGCAGGGGCUGCCGGAGGUCGACACUUUAACGAAUCCUCAAGUGUACCUGGAGCUGAAGCAGAAACUACUGCAGGCCCCGUCUUCACCCCAGAGUUCCUCCGUGGAUGACGAGGACGACGGGAGCAGAACAGACAACGAAGAUGUCGCUCUGAGUCCUCUGAAGCGCCUGCUUCGGGCGCUCUGUGAGGGAUCGAGUCUGCCACUAUCGGCGCUCAUUGUCGAAGUCCAACGCGUUCUCCGAGACGGCACUGAUGGGUCCCCGACUGAAGACGUGGCCGACGAGACACUCCGAACCUUGCUUCCUGUGCUCCUCUCUCGAAGAAGCUUGGGGGUUCCUCGACAGCGCGGAAGUGGAUCGAGUCCAGGAGCGACGGCCGCGCCCCCCGCAAGUCGUGAGGCAUCAGUUGCGUCGGCUUCGUCGUCGCCCUCUGGUGCAUGCGCCAGCGUUACAACUGUCAAUUGCUCCUCCUUUUCCUCCCCACUCAUAGAGAAGAAUGAGGACUUGAACCCCAGUUCCCUCUGGGUCUGGGAGUCUGCUUUUCUCGAAGGUCUGCCCUCGGCCUUCAAGGAGAAGACCCGAAAGGAUCGAGAGAAACGAAUGGCGAUCUCUCGAAAAGUGCGCACUCUAGUGCGGCUGCAGCAGGUCAUCGAGCAGGGUGUUGAAAAGGACAUUUUGGCAACGAAAGAGAAAGCAGAGGCUCUGAAGAGAAAGGAGCAGCAGGAAGAGGAAAAGCGACGGGAACAGGAGCUUCGCCGGCGACGUGCGGAGGAAGCCCGCGCGGAGCGAGAGCGCGAGAAGCGCCAGCGGGAGGAUGCGAAGAAGGAGAAGGAGAAGGAGAAAGAAAAGAAGAAACAAAUUGUCGAAGAACAGAAGCAGACGCCGCCGCAGAGGGUGCUGCAGAAGACAGAGGGAAAGAAGGUCCUGAAGGAAACACAAGCGAUGAAGGGUCAACAGAAUUUCAUGGUCUCGUGGCUGGCGCGGAAGCCGCCGCGGAUCUCUUCGCCUUCCACCCCAUUCACAGGGUCGGCCCCUGUCGAAGCUUCUGGGGUCGGAAAGCCUGCCGAGGGCAGCUGCGAUGUGCAAAUUUUCAGUGUCUCGCGUUCUACCGGUUCCCUCGCUGUCCCCAGCGCCGCAUGCGACGAUCCCAUUGGCAGAGAAAAGGAAGACCAGCUUGUCGAGAUCGACGACGGCACUCUCGAGGCGCGAAAGGUCGAAGAAGCCGCGCGUGCAAGGGCCGCUACAGAGGCGGAAAUCUGGAGAGUUCCUGAAGGAAAGCGAUCCCAGUUCAUCGAUAUCGUCCUCAGGCUGCCGCAGCCAUUGUCACCCCUGCCUGCUUCGUCGUGCGACUCAGUACCUUUCUUCGACAAGGAAGAGAGCGGAUGCGACCUCGAUGCCGAGGAGCGCCUGGCGGAGUUUGUGGAAGAAUUUGCUUCCCCUCACACGACGAAACUGCGAGAGUUCCACACUUUUUGUGCCCAAAACCGGCAAUUCGUCCACAAACUUCCCGUCCAGCAGACACAGACACAGCUUCCUGUCCCCUCUGGAACCGCGGAGAACAGCGCCGUGUUGAAUGGGUGGUCUGAGCAUUCAGCUCCAGGCGUCCGCUCCUAUCAACAAGAAAUGCGAGAAAUCAAACAGGGUUUGACUCUCACCGACUACACAGACAACAGUCUCCGGGACCUGCCUUACCUGCGAACAGCCUGGGUCAACUUGGAUGAAUGGAAACGCCCCGUUCGACGCCUGCUGCUCGGCAAGCAGGCCAAGAAGUCGACUGCAUGCGAGCAGUGGGCUGAAGAAAGCUGCAUCGACUACGAUCGCGAUAGCGACGAGGAGUGGUUCGAGAACUUCGAUGUUGAUGAUUUAGAUGAAGGAAAGGACGAGGACGAAGAAGAGGAACUGGAGGGAGAAGAAGACAAAGACUGGCUGGUAGAAGACGACGACGAAGGCAGUGGCGCUGGCCGAGCGGGGUUUGGGCAAUCCGUCCGCUUCGAGUCUCUUUGCGACUGGCACUGGUCCUUCGAGGGAGAAGAAAAACCAAAUGCGCGAGAUGAAGGAGUAGACCCCUGCGUAGUCAACUCCGUGCGCGACCGAAACUGGUUGAGCAUCUACGGAUGUGUGGUCGACGACUGGGGUGGGAAGCCAUUCGAGAGGCUCGAGGCCAUUGUUACCGGGACAACCCAGAGAAAGAAGAUGACGGACGAAGAACUCUGCAGCCUCUUCAAGUUCUCUCACGCGAAAAAAGACUCGAAGACAAAGCUCAUCGCAGAUUUCCACAAACUAAAUAAGCAUCUGACGAAGGCAGAUUUGGAGCGGAGAUUCAAAGAGCAUAUUGUUUACGAGCGAAGGCCGGAAGACAAACAGAAGAGGUGGUAUGUUUCGGCGGAGGCGACCGAGGCUUUCAAUCUCAAGGAAGACCUGGAGUCGAUAGCAGCUCUAAUUCUGUCAGAAGAGUCAUCGAGUCAGUCUACACCGGCUCAGCCGUCGACAGAAGCUGUGGCGUCAGCAAAUAGCUCCGAUGGUCCGCGGGUACCAAAUUCGGGGAAUGUGUCCACUGUUUCUCAGGGAGCGGAGAGCCCUGCAGUCUCUAAGUCCGAUACUUCAACUGGAGUGUCUGUUGCAGGCACUGGAGCCCAGGGGAAGGGUGGGGCUUCUCAGCGCACCGGCGCCGGUUCUGGGCCAUCUGUGUUGGUCCAGAUCCUCCGACAAACUCCAGAAAUGAGUGCUGGCAGCGCCAAGAAACCGCGUUUACAGGAACCUAGCAAUGGUGAACCUUCGAAUGCAGUCUCGGUAGCUUCGCGAAGAGUGAGUAAGAGAGACGGUCAAGAAGUGUGUUCAGCAGCAGCAGCACCUUCUGCUCCAGUCCCGCCCGCAGCUCCUUCCUGCAGCCGCGCUCGAAAAGAGGAUGAUGGAAAAGGAGCUAAUGCUAGAGUGGCAGGAGUCCUUGUAGACAAGUUAGCGUGUGAAACCCCAUCUGAUACCAGCAAUUGCGACCCAUUUCGGGAUCUGGACCCCUUCGCCUCGGCCACUGCCACGGCGAUGGUGGCAGCUUUUUCUGCAGAAGCUGCAGCAAUGACUGCCGUUGAGCAAGGCUGUUCAGGCAUUUCAGCAUCUGCGGUUCAUGUUGCUGCUGCUGCAAUGGCGGCGGCGGCUCUAGCGAGAGAAAUGGCUGCCACUAUGGCUGAAAUGCAUGAGUCGGUCGGAGCUAAUGCUAUGCUUUCCUGCCGGAAAGCCCUACGGGUUGCACAGCCUGAGAAUGAGGGAGCACAGGAAGAUGCGAAGGAAUCAGAAGGUUCGCACAACGCGAUUGGCCCAGCUGAUACUUGUGACGCUGGAACUCCGACGGAGGCACGCCGGCUCAACAGUGAAGGAUGUGGUUUGUGUGGCGAAGACGAGGGAGCGACUCCUCGGCAGGCAAAGAAUGAAAGUACAAGGAGCGACGCCGCAGACGCGGACGACGGGCCAGUUUGGGGAAAGAGGCGACGAAGCGAUGGACAGGAGGAAGGGUCAUGUUAUGGCUCGUCGCCUGGAAGUUCAGUUGGUACGACGAAGAAAGUGAGACGGGGAUCGACAGGCCUCGCAGCAACGGUUCAACCAGUUAAAUGCCCUCAGCUGAAGAACACUCUGAUAACACAAUUUUUCCGAACGGUGCCGACCGGCGACAAACGGUCACUUGAGGGAUCUGCGGAAACACCAUCCUGAAAUGCUGUUUACACAGGGCAUCCCACCAGUGAGUCAAAAGACUUUCGGUGUAAACUAAAAGCUUGUCUGGAGCAGCUUGAUUGAUCUUGACUGUGGCCCUGCAGCUCGUCACCAUGCUGUGCUUCCGUAAUUCUGUCACAGACCUUAUUUGGGAACGGCCGCCUCCGCACUUGGCGAGUCCGCGGUGUGUCUGGCCGGGUAGCCUGGAAGGAAUACAUAUGGUGGACGGAUUCACAUGGACGCGCGGUCGGCCAUACAGAGAGACACUACCGAGAGAAUUGUGUUUUGAAUCACUCUGAGUUGGUGCAGAGGAACAGGCAAGUCCCGCUCUCGCCGCACUUUUCUAACGAGUGCGCGGUUCACGCCCGAUGAUACGUCUGUACUAGGGGCUCUAAGCAGACUGCGUAGAUCAACAUUUGGUUAGCUGUAGCAUUUCAUUUUACAGCAUAGUAUUUGAUCUGUGAGACAUUACACGUCAACAUUCGUUUGUUUUUUGGGGGGCGGCGACACAUUUGAGUUGUGAAUGACUGCCACUUCUCAAGGAAGGGCCCAGAAGUGGAACAAAAGUCGCGGAGUAGCAACGCG